AUGAUCCCUUCGCUUCUCCGCUCCCUACCAGUAUUUCUACUGUUGACAACCACAUUCAACGCGGAGGCCAAGUCGCCGAGUCUACAAGGUGGCAAGAUCACACCCACGAGUGUCCAGGACAGCUCAGGAUCACAAGAACACGUAGGGUCCGUGGGCAGCGGUAGCUACGGUAGCAGCGUCGGUGAUGGAGCAGUCGGGGCUAAGCACAUCCUGCACUUCUCUGACGUCCACCUAAAUAUCUCCGAGUCUCUGGACAGCAACGAAUCUGCUGAGAUUCCAAUCCAGUACGGCUAUGACGCCCCUAUCAGUCUGCUGACCUCAGCGCUCGAGUACGCUAAGCAAGUACUUCCCGAUCCAGACUUCUUCCUGUAUACUGGAGACCAUGCAGUCCAUGGUGAUCCAUCGGAUGAAUACCUCGCUGAAGCAGUGAAAGUCAAUGUGGAGACUAUGGCCCGAUACUUCUCCGGAAACGGCACGCUUAACGCUACGGCCAUUUUGGGCGACACUGACACUAAGAACUAUACGAUGAGCGUCACUGACCCCUCCAGUGAGGAGAACCCGACGAUUGAAGCUGUGUCUCAGGCGUGGAGCGAGUCACUUAGUGCAACGAACCUCAAGGACCUCAACACCCGGGGCUACCUGUCGUAUAAGCUCGACGAGAAACUCGUGCUGCUUACACUUAAUACAGUACCCUAUUCGCCGAAGCACAAGCCGGACACCACUAACGAGACUGAUCCGUUCGACCAGUUUGCCUGGCUGAAUGCCACACUCUGGGGUCUUCGCAACGGCAACAAGUUCGCGUAUAUCGCUGGCCACAUCCCACCGAUUAUCAAUGCCCAAGAUGGUUCUCCAAUGUGGAAACCUUCGUACAUCGAUUCAUACAAGAAGAUCGUGACGCAAUACUCGGAUGUCAUCAAGGCGCAGAUUUUCGGCCACACGCACAGUCGACCAAACUCGCAGCUUGUGCCUCUGUUCAUGUCUGCAGCCAUAUCGCCGCUCUUCUACAACAACCCGGCGUUCAUGGUCUGGGACUUUGACCCGAGCACGUACGACCUUAUGGACUUCACUGUGUAUGGCACCAAUAUCUCGGACGACAGCCAGACUCUCGAUUGGAAGCUGCUCUUCAAGGUCAGCACGGCGUACAAUGUCAGCUCGUUGUCGUGGUCGGAGAUGAACAGCUUCAUCGGGAGCGCAGCCACCGACUCGGCGCUGGUGGAGCAGUAUUACUACAAUUCACAGACGCAGUCGUAUCAACAGACUUCGUGCGAGGACAGCGUGUGUCUUACUUGGUAUCUCUGCUCCAUGAUGUGGUGGUCCACUCCCGAAGACUAUACCGCCUGCUUGGCUGCCGGGUCCCGUCUCGAAUCGUCGUCAGCCGCGGUGUCUCGAUCACCUACGCUUCUCGUCUUGGUCUCAAUCAGUAUUCUAGCUUCCUGGCUAUGA